UUCAUUUCUCUGCCAAAACCAAAGCUCAAUCUUACAACCCUUUCCUGCGAACUGAUCACCGAUCGAUUCCACUCUAAAGACCAUUUUCCUCUGUCAUGCCAAUAGAUCUUAUUUUCUUGUUCCAACAUUGAACAUUAUAAAAGGAAAUCCAAAGCUAGAAAGGUACUAAUUAUAUAUUCCCUUAACAUGCAUCUCAUUUUGUUUGGUUUUCACAUUCGGCUUUUCUUUUCAUUAUGAUGUGAUUUUAACAACUACUAACAGUUACUGCCCUUUUGCCUUGUUUCUGGGGCUGAAACCGGGUGGGGUGGAAUCAAUCGAAAAGGAGCGUUCACUCAACUAAAAUCAAAGUAAGAUCAAAGCACCAUCCAAACUCACCACUCUUCUUUUUUAUCUUGUUUGAACUUCUAAGGCAUCUCCCCUGCUUUUAGCAUUGGAAGUGAUAUGAGCGACAGCAGGUGUUGAUUAGAGCUGCAUUCACGAGCUCUGCUUUUCUUUGUCUAUUCUUUCUAUAUUCUAUAUUGUAUACGGUCCCCGUUCCUUGACCAAAGUCACACCUCGCGUGGUUAAAACUCUGCAAUCUCUGCGACUCUCCCCCAAACACUCAAUAGGCUCUCACUCUGUUUUUUUCGCAGAAGCAGUAGAAACCGGUGGGAUGGAAUCAAUCAAAGAAGAGCAAUCACUCAACUAAAAUCAAAGCAGAAUAUAAUCCUAUUAAAGACCCGUCUCUGCAUUCUGCCUCUUCCACCAUCCAAACACAUCACUCUUUUUAUUAUCUUGUUCAAAGUUGGAAGGCAUCUCCUCAGCUUUUAGCAUUGAAAUUAAGGUACUUAUUUUAUAUUUACUUAUGUGCUUCUGAUUUUUGUUUUUAACUUUGUAUGUGUCUUUCUUUGCGUUUCUUUUCAAAUAGGCAAAACCAUAAGUUAAGCCCCUGAACCAACCCCAGAAUCGCUAUUAAGCCCCUAGACUGUAAUUGAUGCAUAUAAGCCCUCGAACUUGGGGAUCAAAGCAAUUAAGCCCUUCUUCUUACGCCAACUUAACUGCCGUUUGGGACUGCUCGUCUCACUUAACUACCGUUGAGGACACACCCUGCUUGGCUGCUUGGAUGGCAAAAUAUUGCCAUGUCAUGCUUACAUGACAAGGAUUUAAUAUUUGACCUGAAUUUUUGAUUUAUUUGAUAAUUUAAUUUUUUUAUUUAAUAAAAUAAAAUAAAAUCA